GCUUCAAAGCGGCGCCGUCAUAAAAUAAUGCCUGAUGUAGGGAUAGUGCGACACAUUUCAUUGUGAAAUUCCAUCUUGAAAAACAGGCUUUUGCGUUUGAAAGUAGUUUAUUCACCUCGUAGAAAGUGUAAUUUAUAAUAAUAGUGAUGAAUAGUGGUAGUCUUUAGAAGCAAAUUUGAUUUUCAAAUCCGUUCUGUUCGACCGAGUGAUAGAUUUCCCUGACGGACAUCUUUGUUUUGCGGCUUGUCUGUUGCUAACAUAUUCACAUUCAAAGGCAAAAAUAGGAUAUUAUCGAUUUUGUCGUAGGUACUUGCUAAAAUGGCACCUCGAAGAGGAAAACGGCAUCAGCCGAAAGGGCCGUACUAUUUCUUUAUGAUGGAAUUCAAAAAGAAGCAGGAAGCCGAAGGUUAUCAAUUCCGUGGAGGAGCCCACGAGGUUCAAUUGAAAGCAUCACCUCAUUGGAAUGCAAUGACCAAUGAAGAAAAAGAACCCUAUCAGAAAAUGGCACGGGAACAUAAGGAAUGGUUGCGGGAUAAUGGUGAAAAAUAUACUUCUCAGGGCAUACCUUUAUCUAUGGUGGAAGCUGAACAGAAAAAUAAACAGCAGAAAUCAGAAAUAAUUCGUAAUACCAUCACUGGCAUGCUAGACACUGCGGUCGCUAAUAAUGCUCUUGAAAAACAGGAAUUCUAUUUUAUCUCAUUUGCAUAUUUUUGCGUUACCUCAAGUGGAACAUACAUCCCAGCGGAAAUGGGACUGGUUCGCUAUAGUCUGAAGGAUGGUGUUAUGGACAAGCUGCACAUGUUUAUCGAUCCGGGGAAGCUUCCUCUGGGAAUGGCAUAUGAUGCCAAAGUGCACUCGGAAGGCGACCAUCAGCUACCGAUCCCACCGGACGCGAAGGGCGAGAAGGAUAACGAUGAAAUCAUUCUUAAACUGUUCAGUUUUCUUUCCCAACAGGAAAAAAUGCCUCCCCUUUUUACAGAAACCACCGAAAUUCGCAUGGUGGAAAAUAUACUGAAGGGAAUCCUGAAUCAGGGUGCGAUGGACGAGAAUACGCUGCUCGUUUGCCCCAUGUCGGAAUUGUUCUUUCACUUGAAACGCGCAACCGAAAGUUUUGGAAUGGACAUUAAAACGUUUCCAUCGGUCCACAUUGCGCAGGCCAUCAUACAAAAAGACGUCUACGAGUACACGAAGGAUAUCUCGUGCGAGUGGCACGAAGAUCACGGAAACGGAAAGUAUUGUCCCCUGUCAAAAUGCAUCCGCUGGGCGUUCAUCAUUUCCGAUAGCUGCUGUUUGGAUUUGAGUAUCGAAAUGAAACCGGGCCGUCAUUUGCCUAUGAAUGCAGAUACGGCCCUGUGCUCUUCGACCCUGGGAGACACCAGUUCCUACAUCAGCGCCCAGUUUGACAAUUGCUCGUUCGUGUCGACUUCUGAGGUCACCCAUGUAACGAAUCCGAAGAUGCAAAAACUGGCAAAGGGUCACUACGAUGCAUUUGACUCACGGGUACCACCGAAGCCGGGAUCGUCGGUAUCGUCCGGUUACCACGCGUACGAUCGAAGACCAAAGGCACCGAAAACGAUCACAUUUAGAAGCUAUCCGCGAGUGGGACCUAGUGCCAACUGGAAUGUGUCACCAAAUUGGGCUCUCGGUCAAAUAGAACAUUUCACUAAUUGGAAUUUCAAUCAAGGUCCACUGCUCAAACAGGAAACAUGGAAAAAUACUAACUUCCGCAAAGUUUUCUAUGGUUGUCCGUAUGACACAUUUGGGCGUGCUGGACAGUUUUUAAAACGGGAACCCGCCUGGAAUGUUGUACAACAGCAACCUAACAUAUGGCAGUACAAACCAUUUGAUCAAUAUAUUAAGCAGGAAGGUUUUGUGCAUUGGCCCUUUCAUCAUACGAAUGGUACGACAUACCAAACGUUCGGCAACCUCGGAUAUACGGGACGAACGUAUAUAAAUUGAUAAUUUUGAACUAGAAUAAUUGAGAAUUGGAUUCGAACACUGCCAGAAUUUUAUUCAAGAAUAAUUUGUGCACCGAAACUAUGAAUAUGCUAGUAAACAUUAGCGUUCAAAAGUAUUUUAUUGAUAAUUUCAAGAUCAUCGUAAAGCUUUGGUUUCCAAGAAACUAAUUUGAAUCAUCAUGUUUGGAGCGUUUUAUCUCGUUCGUUACAUUCGACAAAUCUAUCAAGAACUUCCGAUUAGUCGAACCGAAAUUUAUUGUAUAUAUUUAUGACUUCAAUAAAAACUUGAAUUAUUUUUGUUACACGUUCGCCAUUGAUCAACAUCGCAAUCCCUUGAAAAGUUUUUUCAAUACACGAAUCUAUUCGUUCUUUAAACCAGGAGCCGCAUUAGGAAAAAAAUGUCGCAUAAUGGUAUCCCUGGUCAGCUCAGAGUCAUUGAUUUCGACCUCAAUGCAAAACAAGGCAUUCUCCACGCUGCAUUCCGUUGUGAAACGUGAUCCUCUGCUUCGAAGUGAUUUUACAGCGAAUGCCUACCGUAUAGGACUAUUAUUGCUUGGUCUCUUCAUUGAAUGAAAUGAACUCUGGUUUUAAUCUUUUCUCCUUCGAUUGAUUCACUCCAGAACGAGAAAAAUCUUUCUUUCCCGAGAAACACACAAACACCAGUGCAGUUCUAAAAACAUAAAUGGCAAGAUAAUCCUUGAACGGUCUUAGUCGUCUGUCACGACGCCAUCUUGAUGAGAUCAAAAUCGGAACUUUUCAAAUCAGCUGAUUGCAACGUAAAUAAGCAAUUAAUAUUGCAAUCUUUUCACGGUUUACCUUGUAUAUUGCACUAAAGUUUGUCGUUUGCGCUUGAUGCCAAACCUAAUGUAGCGUUUACACUUCUGCUGGCUGCCAGCAUGCUGGUGUCAGUGUACUGCCCUCUUAGGAAAAAAACGUUCAACGGUGGUCAUUCGUUGGUCCAAUACGUUCAAUCAUUGGACCACCGUUGAACAUCGUCAAUUCCGGCACCAGAUUUUUUCGAUUUGUUUAUUCGUAUUUUCUCGGACGUAUACGUGUCACGCAUUGAUUUAAUUUUUUUGGUGACUUCUUCAGUGGAAUCAAAGUUCAUUUCUAGCAUAAUAUCUUUGUAUGCUCUUUGGCAUUGCCAAAAUCUUCACUCCAAUUAUUUACCGAUAAUAACUAAAGUUAUCAUCUUUGAAUCUGCACUGAAGAAAUUACCGAAAAAAGCAGGAAUAUUCCGCAAUAAUCGAAAGAGAAAGUAAACAAAGAGAAUCUCUCAUUGUUACAUUCGUCGUUUUGAACAUUUCAUACAGAAAUAUCCAAUUAUUCACAUGCUCUGGUAUAUUACUUUUCAGAGUAUCCAAUAAUUCGGUACCUUUUCAUUCCGGACAAGAUAGAUAUCCUAAACCAAAUUUUUUUUUCUGUUAAAAAACGUUCUAGGUAAUGUUAUGCAGUUUCAAAUAUUAUUAAUUAUCAAUACCAAGACCUGAAUUGUUGAAAAUCCCUAAAAAAAGCAGUUAAAAUUUCUCUUAUGAAACGCGUGCAAUAUUUGGUGAUCACUCACGGGUGGUAAAAAAGCUCUGGUUCUAGGGAAGACAUAGCUUGCAUCCGUUUGCCAUCCUGCUGGCAUCCAAAGUGGCCAGAACCGCAUGCGAAAAUGUGUGUUCUUCAUAUGCAUUAAAUCGACAGCCCGGGCAAGAUCCCAUGUAUAAUUAUUUUGUCGUUUAUAGAAGUCAGAGUUAUGUCAGAUCAAUGCAGAUGAACUUACUUUUGUUUUAGCACAUAUUCAUGAAGUGCAGUUCGAUUUGGUGUGAACUGUACAAUACAGUAGAAAAUUUCUUAUUGUAUCUGGCAUCGAUAUUAA